CUCUUCGACACGUCUUUCUCUCUGUCCCCCCUCUCUCUCCUCUCUCUCUCUCUCUCUAAACUUUUUCUAUAAAAUUGGAAGAAAAAGAGUCCCAAAGUUUUGCUUUGAUUGAUUCGUUUCAGGCUUUUUUCAGACUCUCUCUCUUCUCUCUCUCUCAAUCUCAAAAAGGGAAAAAGGUUCAAGCUUUAUGGGGAAGAUCCAGUCCUUCAAGCAGGAGUUCUCAUUCGAUGAACGAGUUGAAGAAUCGAAACAUAUAAUUUCGAAAUACCCAGAUCGAGUUCCGGUGAUCCUUGAAAGAUAUUCCAGGACAGACCUGCCGGAAAUGGAAAAGAAAAAAUUCCUUGUUCCUAGAGAUAUGUCUGUCGGGCAGUUUAUCCAUAUCUUAAGCAGCAGGCUUCACUUGACUCCGGGGAAAGCUCUUUUUGUUUUUGUGAAGAACACUUUACCUCAAACAGCCAGUCGCAUGGAUUCCAUCUAUGAAACUUACAAGGAGGAUGACGGUUUCCUGUAUAUGUGUUACAGCAGCGAGAAAACCUUUGGUUAACCUUGCCAUCUCCUCCCCUAAUCAUCUAAUCGCCUCGUCCAUCUCAGUGACUUGUAAGUAUUCAUUGUUAACUUGUUCUCAAUCCGAACGGGCCCGUGAGGCGUGCUUCACUCUGUAUUAUCACGUUCGUUGUAUAUUUGAUUCAUUGUGAAUUCUGUAAAGUUGGUACUUUUAAUAAUGCAACAUUUACCAAUUCAGUA